AUGACAGAUCAAUCAUCAUCACCAUUCAUUAGUCACCGCCGUUCAUUUCAUGAUGAUGAUACUGAGAUUAAUCUACGUCAAGUGAUUGCAGAUUUAAGGUAUCAACUAAAGAGUAGUAAUACGGAAAAAUCCCUUUUAAAAUCUAAUCAAGAUUCGUUAGUGUCUAAAUAUGAAUCUCUCAUAAAUGAUAAAAAUGAUAGAAUAAAGAAACUUGAAGAUGAAUUUGAAUAUUUGUACAAGGAAAGAGACCAAAUGAAAUCAAAAUCCGGAAACUUGGAACAAAUAAAUGACGACAAAGUCAAGAAUUUACUGAAUGAGAAUUCAAAGUUAAAGAAACAAAUACAGAAGUUACAAGUGGAUUUAGAUGAAGCCGAUGAAAGUUUAUAUAAGAUUAAUAACAAAUGUCAAAAGUAUAAAUCAGAUUUGGAUUAUGAGAAAGAAGCCAAUACUCAAUUGGAAGAAAGAAUUAGUUCUUUAGAAUCCGAUAAUAAUGAAUUACUUGAACAUAAUGAUGACUUACUUAAGAAAUUACAAGAAUUGACCAAGAGCUCUACUUCAGAUAUGUCGAAAUUCAAUGAAAAUUUACAUCUUAAGAAUGUCAGUUUACAAAAGACCAACAAUCAAUUACAAUUAAAGAUUGAUAAAUUAUUACAGCAUAAAACAUCAGUGGAAUUAUUGAAACAGAAGAAUGAAAAUUUGAUAAAGAAGUUGAAUGAUUAUGAAAUUUUACAAGAGAAUUAUUCUAAAUUGGAGAUUAAGAAGAUUUCUUUGGAAACCAAAUUCACGGAAUUCUUGAAAAUUCUUAAAAGUACUGAUAAAUCUUCAGAUAAUAUCAAUGAAGGUACUCUUUUGAAGUUCUUACAGGAUUAUACUCAUUUAAAGAAUGUUAAUUUAGUAUUGGAAGAUAAGUUGAAUCAAGCCAAAGGAGAAAUAAGUAAUUUGAAGUCAACUAUUGUGGAGUUAGAGUAUCAAAUUAAUGAAGAACUCCAACCAAUCAUUGAUAAAUUUGGUGAUGAUUCUAAAUCUAAGCAAGAAACUAUCGAUAAAUUGCAAUCCCAAACCAAUCUUAAUGUUCAAGAGAUCCAAUUCUUGAGAAACUCUUUGACUAAACUUCAAAGUGUAAAUAUGGAAAGUCAAAAAGAAGCAGUUUCAAAAUCUACUGAUGAAUAUUUAUCCACAUUGGAAAAACUUGUGGAUGAUUAUAAGAAAGAGAACUUGGAAUUGAAGAAUAAACUAUCAGUUGAUGUUCAUAUUGGCGAUAAAAGACCUCGUGUUGAUGAUGAACUUCGAAGAAGAUCACAAAUUGAAAAUUCAAAUAUUCAGAAUGAAAAUUCAAGGUUGAUGUCAACUAUUCUUGAUUUGAAUGAGGAGAUUGAUAAUUUGAAAACCAAAAUUUCUAAUUUUGAAAAGAUCGAAGAGAAAACUGAAGAAAUAAGGAUAUUACUGUUGAAAUCCAAUCCAUUCUCUCAGGACCAAAUCAUUAAAAAAUCCACCAUCGAUGCAUUAAGGGAAGAAAAUAAUCAAUUAAUAGAGAAAUUCAUCAAUAAAGGACCUACAGAAGAUGUUCCUAAAGGUGUGUUUCAAAGACAAGAGAAUGAUCAAUCUAUUCUUAAGUCCAAAAUCGAAGGAUUAAUCAAAUCCAAUUUGCGUAUGAAAGAGAAGUUUUCUAAAAAUGCCAGAGAUAUUGUGGUGACCAUAUCACAAUUCUUUGGAUUUAAUAUAGAAUUCAUGAAAGAUGCCAUAAACCCUAACGAAUUGGGAUCAAAAAUCAAAUUAACUAGUAAAUAUGCUAAAGAAGGAGACCUUAAAAACUCCUAUAUUAUGUUAGAUUUGACUGCUAAAUCUUUGAAGGCUUUUGGGAAUUCGGAAUUUACAAAAGUUUGCGAGGAGUUAUUUAAAGAAUGGGCUCAUGAUCAAGAUCAAAUGACUUGUGUUUUAAGUGCUUUAAACAUCAAACUUCAUCAAAGAUACGCUCUUGUAUAA